CAAUGGUUGCUAUGCAACACAACAACACGUGUUUAUAUAUAAUAUACUGACAAUACAGUCAUUGACGGCAAACCAGUGUUUAAUAAUAUAUCAUAAGUUUGACUCUCAUAUCAAUUGAUCGCUGAUUUGUGUCCACCGGUUGUAAUCAUAACCGUUCGGUAAACACAAUGGCCUGUAAUUAUGCGGUCACUGCACACAAGGGUUCGGGUGUCUCAAACUGUGUCACAGGCAAUUUUACAUCGCCGACCGAUUUGAAUCUUUUAAUCGCAAAAUCAACACGUAUUGAGAUCUAUUUGGUGACUGCCGAAGGUUUGCGACCGAUCAAAGAGAUCUCGAUCUAUGGCCGCGUGACUAUAAUGAAGACAUUCCGACCCGAAGGCGAGAAAAAAGAUUUGCUAUUUUUGUUAACUUAUAAAUAUAACGCAUCUAUACUGGAAUGCAUUCGCGAUGGAGACUCGUUUGAGGUCGUGACCCGAGCACAUGGCAACGUUGCCGACACAAUAUCACGGCCCUCGGAGACCGGUUCUAUCGGUAUGAUUGAUCCGACCGGUAAAAUUAUUGGUCUUCGUCUAUAUGACGGUCUGUUUAAGGUUAUACCACUUGAUCGCGAAAACAAAGAACUGAAAGCUUUUAACAUUCGUAUGGAAGAGUUGAAUGUCUCGGACGUCCAGUUUCUCUACGGCUGUACUACGCCUACCAUUGCGUUCAUACAUCAGGACAACACAUCGAGACACGUGAAAACCUAUGAGAUAUCUUUGUCUGAGAAAGAGUUUGUAAAAGGCAUGUGGAAACAGGACAACGUCGAAUCGGAGGCUAGUAUUGUCAUACCGGUGCCACUACCUUAUUGCGGUGCUCUUAUUGUUGGUCAGGAAUCGAUAGUCUACUUGAACGGCGAGAAAGAGUACUGUGCGAUAGCACCUCCAGCUAUCAGACAGUCAACAAUUACCUCCUAUUGUCGAGUCGAUGAAACUCGUUAUUUGUUGGGCGAUAUGUCUGGCCGUCUGUUUAUGUUAAUACUGCGCGUCGAAGACCAGGCGGUUAAAGAUUUGAAAUUAGAACUGUUGGGUGAGAUAACAAUACCGGAAUGUCUGACAUAUUUGGAUAACGGAGUGGUGUAUGUCGGCUCACGUAUGGGUGACUCGCAGUUAGUUAAACUUAAUUUAGAGCCCAACGAUAGCGGAACUUUUGUUGAAGUGAUGGAAACGUUUACAAAUUUGGGUCCAAUUGUCGACAUGAUUGUUGUCGAUCUGGACAGACAAGGACAGGGACAGCUCAUCACAUGUUCCGGUGCUUAUAAAGAAGGUUCGUUAAGGAUUAUCCGUAACGGUAUCGGUAUUCAAGAACAGGCGACUAUAGAUUUACCGGGAAUUAAAGGCGUUUGGCAGUUGAGGGUUAAUUCAGCACUCGAUAACAUUCUUGUGCUCUCAUUUGUUGGACAAACCAAAGUCUUAAUGCUUACCGGAGAAGAAGUUGAAGAAACAGAACUGUUCGGCUUUGAUACAACACAACAGACACUUUUCUGUGGUAAUGUAAAAGAUGACCUCCUAUUGCAAGUGACAGCAAACAGCAUUAGACUGGUCUCAACGGAAACCAAACACUUAUGCAACGAAUGGACGCCAAAACAAAAUAUAUCUGUUGUGUCGAGUAAUAGUUCACAGAUAGUGUGCGCCUCUCGUAACCAACUUUAUUAUCUUGAAAUUCACGACCAAUUGAUUAAAAUGGUAAAUGAAGUACAACUCGAGUUUGAAAUCGCUUGUCUUGACAUUAAUCCCAUUUCUGGACCGACCAGUUCUUUGUGUGCAGUGGGUCUCUGGACAGACAUUUCUGUUAGAUUAAUACAUUUACCCGAUUUGGUUGAAAUGCAUAAAGAAAGUUUGGGCGGAGAAAUAAUCCCGCGUUCAAUACUUUUGGCCGCAUUUGAACAGUCAUUUUAUUUAUUAACCGCUUUGGGUGACGGAUCGCUCUUUUAUUUUAAUCUGAAUCCAAACACCGGUUAUUUGACGGACCGCAAGAAAAUCACUUUAGGUACUCAACCAACUGUUCUCAAAACAUUUUCUUCGUCAUCGACAUCAAACAUCUUUGCUUGUAGUGAUAGACCAACUGUUAUCUAUUCGUCGAAUAACAAGUUGGUCUUCUCCAAUGUUAACCUUAAAGAAGUUAAUCAUAUGUGUCCACUAAAUUCGGAUGCUUUUCGUGAGUCACUAGCACUGGCCAGUGAUUCCCAGCUACUUAUUGGCCAAAUAGAUGAAAUACAGAAACUUCAUAUUAGAACUGUUCCAUUAAGAGAAACACCUCGAAGGAUAGCCUACCAGGAGUCGACCCAUACUUUCGGUGUGAUCACUAUGAGACAUGAUAUACAGGGCGAGGAUGGGUUGGUUCCUAUUCGUAAUAGCGCCAGUUGUACAGCACAAAAUAUAACUUAUUCUUCAUCGAUACCGACAAUUGUAAAGCCAAGCAAUGCAUCAAAUAUGGAACAAAUAGGACUUGAAGUCGAAGUUCACCAUUUGUUGAUUAUAGAUCAGCACACUUUUGAAGUGCUUCACGCACACCAAUUCAUGGUUAAUGAGUAUGCACUUAGUGUUAUAUCCGCUAAAUUAGCUGAUGACCCAAUCACUUACUAUAUCGUUGGCACAUGUUUUGUGAAUCCUGAUGAACCGGAACCCAAAUUGGGCCGUAUUGUGGUUUUCCACUUUACCGAUGGAAAGCUACAACAAGUGACUGAAAAGGAGAUCAAAGGAGCGCCCUAUACUUUAGUCGAAUUCAAUAGUAAACUGUUGGCCGGUAUCAACUCAACCGUACGACUCUUUGAAUGGACACCACAAAGAGAUCUUCACAACGAGUGUUCAUAUUUUAACACAAUUAUAGCUUUAUAUUUGAAAACCAAAGGAGACUUUAUUCUAGUUGGAGAUCUCAUGCGAUCGAUGACACUAUUGGCUUAUAAACCAUUAGAGGGUAAUUUUGAAGAGAUCUCCAGAGAUUUUCAGCCAAAUUGGAUGACAAGUAUUGAGAUCUUAGAUGACGACACAUUCUUAGGCGCUGAGAAUUCGUUCAAUUUGUUUGUUUGCCAAAAGGAUAGCGCUGCAACUAAUGAUGAAGAGCGACAACAUCUCCAAGAAGUUGGUCUCUAUCACGUCGGAGAAUAUAUUAAUGUAAUGAGACAUGGAUCACUUGUUAUGCAACAUCCAGGAGAGAUAGCGACUCCCAUUCAGGGAACGCCUGUCCUCUAUGGUACCAUUUUUGGAUCAAUUGGACUGGUGGCACAGUUACCACAAGAAUAUUUUGCAUUUUUACGGGAAUUCCAAACGAGACUCAAUAAAGUAAUCAAAUCUGUCGGUAAAAUAGAUCACGACUUUUGGAGAGCAUUUAGUACCGAACGAAAAACUGAAGCCUCGUUCGGUUUCAUCGACGGUGAUCUCAUCGAGUCUUUCUUGGACUUAAGCCGCGAUAAAAUGCAAGAAUGUAUUAAAGAUUUAAUGAUUGAUCCCGAAGGAAGUGGUAUGAAACGUGAGGCCACUGUCGAUGACUUAAUUAAGAUUGUAGAAGAAUUGUCACGAAUUCAUUAGGAAUUAAAUUUAUUGUAUAAAAAUUAAAUAUUUUUAAUCACCAUAUUUUGUAAUUAUUAUCUCUUGAACUCUCAAUUAAUUUGAAAAUAAUUUUUUUUUAAAGUUUAAUAUAUAUUUCACU